GUUUGCUAGAAGCAACAUCUUUGAUGAAAGUAAAGAAUCCUGAAGGAAAUUCAGUCAGCAUCAAUUCUGCUAAAGCACAUGAUUUCUUGACUAAUUCUCGGCCUAAGAGGAACAUUGAGCCAAAAUGGUACAGAGGCAACCCGGAUUUUCAGUCCUACUAUCGCUUCUACAACAGCAUUGGGCACAUUGAAGGACUCUAUGAGAUCGACAGGAUCAGGAUGCUGUAUCAGCAGAUGCGUCACUUGGAGCUGACCUACGGCCCAGACGCCUCCAGUUACCAAAACGCCAUGGGUGUACUGACAACCACUGCAGCGCCAACCACUACCACCGAGCCUCCCCCACCUCCCACCACCCCAGCUCCUACACCAGACCCUCUGGAGAAUGCUCAAAGGAUCUAUCUGUGUAACCCCAAAGACCCGCUGUGCAAACCUCAGAUCGUCUACCUGCCAACAGGGGCUGUUCCAGUGCUGUGUGACCCGAGACACAACCCCUCCUGCAGGCCUCAAACAGAGGAGGAGAUAAAAGCUGCUGCUCCACCCAAGCUACCCCCAGCCCCUCCUGCUCCCAAAAAGUCUGAGCCCCCUCCCCCUCCUGCGAUCACUGUCAAAGGCAUGGAGUAUGACUGCGAUCCAUACUGGGACCCUGACUGCCUCAUCGACCACCCUCCCCGCCCCAUCCUGGAAAUACCUGCUCCAGAGGCACCUGCUGAGGAGAAAGAAGUGGUGAAAGAGGAAGAAGAAAAACCAGAGGAAGGUGCCCCUGAGGCAGCAGCUACUGAGAAACCUGCCAGCCCUUACUUUGAUCCUUAUGAUUUCACACGUGACCUCUAUGACCCCUUUCGUUACGCCGAUCCAGCUCCUGAACCAGAGUAAAAACAAAGUGAGGAAGAAAUUGUAGCCUUCUCUUCAAGGCAAGACUACAAAACUAAAUAUCAAGAUAAAACCAAAGCAGAACUGUGGGAGUAGAAUUAAAAUGAUGCAAAUCACUACAUUUUACAUGGUGGACACAUUAACAAGGCUCGUAUGCUCUUAGUUUUUCCAAAAGAAAAACUACACUAUG